AUGGCAGCACCUGACCAAGUCACUAUGAAAGAUCUGAGUGGUACAUGGGUUAUGAGUCAAUCGCUUUCAGACCCCCUGGACCCGUCUCUCAAACUGCAAGGCAUCCCAUGGCUCAUUCGUAGAGUGGUCUCCUGGGCGACAAUUACUGGUCGUUUAAAACAAGCUGCCGACGAGAACGGUACAACUUUCAUCAGCAUCGAGCAGACGGCUACCGGUGGCAUCAAGGGUGAGACGGAGACCCACCGACUCGACUGGAGCCCGGUCACGCAUGGAUCGGCGAUGUUUGGUUCACAGACAGUUCGCAGUCGAUGGAUUGAUCUGAAAGACAAUCCUAAGAGUGAGAAUGGGACAACACUGGACCAUUUCCUCACUGAGGGUUGGUUAGAUAGAGAAAGCCCGCAUGUACAAGUUUCUAUACAGAGUGAAAAAGGAUGGACAGCGGAACAGAUUUGGGGUUUUGCAACGGUCCAAGAGAAGAGAUACCAUGUUCGGAAGUUCCUUGUGAGGAAUAACGGAGAAGUAGCAAAGGCGCAGAUGGUUUAUGAGUGGCUUGAAAGACAGUGA